GUUUUUAUACUUUCUUAAAGUUAAUACUCACACUCCUUGUUGUUCUCAUUCCCAUUGUUUGUUUUCUUGGCUCUUAGUUUCUUCUUGUCUGAAAUUUUAAAUAAGAAUACAUUAAAAAUUGGUAGUUAAAGUAUAGCUUAAAUUAACUGCACGCCAGAAUGCCGGUCAACCAGCAAGCGGAUCCCUUGCAGCUGGACAGCCAGACUGCAGACGAUCAGGGGGAGGAGGAGGAGGAGCAGGCGGAGGAUGAGAACCGACUGGAUAAGUUUACGGUGCGGCUCAAUGGACAGCAUGACUUGGAGCAGCGCUUGAAGGAUUUCAAAGCGGCCUGCGAGGCGCAUGAGAAGCAUGCUAGGCGGCGAAAGCGGAGACGUUACUACCAUCUGGGUCUGGUGGCCAAACUGGUGACGGAAACCACCCACGAUGAGCUACGUCGCAUGCUGGAGAAUGGCACCUAUACCUUCCACGUCGAUACGGUGGCCAACAAGCCGGAUGAAUUAAAGGCGAUUUUGGACACCAUGAACAUAGCCAUUUCGGCUCACACUGCCGAGAGGGAACUCCGCCUGACCACCGGCCUGGCGCUGGAGAUUAAUGGCGAGUGCUGUCGCGUUGGCAGGCUGAGAAACAAUUGCACAGUGAUGCUGGCGCGUGGUGCAGUGGUCACUCUCACCACCGAUGAGGCCUACCGCUACAAGGGCUACAAGGAGAUUGUCUACGUGAUCAAUUUGCGGGCUUAUCUUUCCUCUGUUCAGCUAGGCGACAUUCUGCUGAUAGGAAAGGAAGCUAGGUGUCGGGUGGUUAAGACCCUUCGCGAAGCCCUAACCGUGAUGAUCAUUGAUGCUGGUCUGGUGGCCUCCUACGACUUUAUAGAGCUUCCCAGACAGUGCCACGCUUUAGAUCCCGAGGUAUAUCCCGAUCUGUACUUAAAAGACCUGGAGAUGGCCGCCUCCUUGAACGCCAAUUAUAUAGUGCUGCCCAAGAUUCGUUGCAAGAGCUUUCUUCGCGCCGUGCGGCAGACCCUGAACUCUGGCUUCAGCCUCAAGUUGAUCGGAAUGAUCGACUUUGAGUAUGUGCGUAGCAACAUGCUGGAUCUGCUGGGCAUCAUCAAGUUGGUGGACUACAUUUGGAUACCCGACAUGUUCAACGUUAACUGCUGCGUUUACAACUAUAUAAUGGAGGAUGUGCUGCCCAUUUCGCAGUGCCAGAAGAAGCCGGUGAUUGGCACAGUGCCGCUGGAGCGUUGCAGCGACUUUAAGCGGUUCGAGUUGCAUGAGUUUCUCUGGAAGAUAGACGCCAUUCACAUCCAGAAGAGUCCGUGGUGCAACAAAUAUCCGCUGAUUGUCAAGAAGCUGAUGCCCAUUAAGGAUUAUCGCGUGGGCGUGGUUCAGAACAAAAUGGUGCUGAAGAACAUCCUGACCUCCUACCAGACGGUGGUGAAUUUUAUCAUUCGAACCAUCAGCUCGAUUGAGUGCCAGGCCAUCUUCUUGUUUACCAAAUGCGAGGCAGCCAGCGUGGCGCUUUCCCGCGUGGAGAUCUACUGUCCGGUGUACAUGAUGAUGCCGCUGGAAGAAACGGACGACGAGGAAACCGUAACCUGCAAGGUGGAACUGGCUCGGGCGCUUCAUUUGCGCCGAAAUAUGCACCCGGUUCUGUACACCAAGGACCUCAACGAGUGCAACUACAGUCCGAUUGAGUUCGGAGUGGAUUUCAUGCGGAAGAAGGGCUGCCUGGAGGUUGGCGACUUUGUGGUCACCCUGGAGGUGGGCAAGGAGGACAACGAGAACGUAGUCAUCGGCAUUGGCGAGGAUGUCUGCAUCCUGCGGGCCUUCUACGUGUCGCCACUUUUUGCCUGCGAGAAGUUCAAGUACGGCGGCUAACUUUCCGGUGUGCAGUUGUGCAGAUUACACAGAUUAACCAGCUCCAAAUUAAUUGUAACUUAUCACUCA